AUGGAUAGACUCCCGCAGACGAUCCUGGAGAAGAUCAUCAUUUUCAUCGCCGAUGAUGCCGACCCGAUGUCCAGGAAUGCAUAUAAGAGGGCUGUCGCACCAUACGCGACUGUGUCUUCCAAGUUCCGGUUGGCCGUCGAGCGGAUCACAUUCAGCAACCUUCUACUAACUAUCGAUAACGUCCCGACUGCUUCUGUUAUCCUCGGUCAAUUUUCCAGAUGGCUGUACGUUAGGACGGUGUUAUUUAACAUUGCUCUACCCCGGUAUGAAGGAGAAGCUGCUACUCGGUUAGAAAGUCCUGAAGAAAAGACAGAGAACUCGCUUACGUUCACCACAAACAUCACGACAUUAUUCCAACUUCUUUCAGAAUACCCUGUCCACGGUGCAUCCGCAUGUGGUAGCCUGGCAUCCUUCUCAUUACACAUCCACGUAUUUUCAGUCACAGACAAGAGUCUCAAAGGCUAUAGUGACCAGAUAUUCGAACAAGGAACCCUGAACACUGAUGUUGGUGUAGAGAUCUGGAGAUAUCACCGUUCCUUAUUACAUCUUGACGACUCUAUCAUACUUCCCUCACUCCAACAUGUUCCUAUCGACAAGAUCGAGUUUCCCACCAUAUUCUACCGAAGACACAUUGACUCUAAUAGCCUAGCUCGAAUGAUAUCAAUCAUGAACUUGAAACGACUAAAGAGUGUCUGGUGGGCAUUUGGGGACCUCGAGAAAAGGGACCUUCUUCUUAGGCGUGCACAACGUCAAGCUUUUGCCGAUGCAAUCGACUCCCUUCCCAACUUAGAUUAUUUUGAGUUAAUCAACGAGUACUUCACUCCCCAUAACCACGACUAUCAACCGCCGAUUCUCUAUCAUCCAAGGAAAGAGGUCGACCCAGUUUCCUGUGCAAUCCGGAGGCUUUGUCAAAGAACCAAGAAAUUAAUUAUCUUUGGUGUACUGGGAUCGACGGAGCUUUUCUGGCCCAAAAUACGUCCAAAUUAUGCACCAGAACCGUACUGGGAAUCGCUUGAGGAAUUACGCCUUACCUUCCAUCCUCUCACUCCUGACGGAAAGUGGCUAUUUAAACGGGAUGAAGAUGAAACUCCUCAAGAGAUCCGAUACAUAGACUUGUGUCCUGAGCCGGAUGAAAUACGCGGAGAAGAAGACGAUUCAUGGAAUCUUUGGCGAUACGCACCAAGUCAGGAUCGCAUGAAUGAAUUCUACCGGGUCCUUGGAAGAGCUCUGGUUAACAUGCCAAAGCUGCGGUACAUGAUUCUACAAUCAAUCAAUUAUCUGUCUUCGCCACCAGGGGAAGAACGUACCCAACAUCAAUUUAUCUUCGAAGUCUACGAAGAUAGGAAAGCCAAAGCUUUGUGGUACAGCAAACCGGAGUACGAGCCGAGUGACCUAGUUAAGAAGAUUUGGAUCAAAUCAGCCUAUGAGCUUGCACUAGAUCUAGAGAUAUUUGUCAUAAGCAUCCCAACCGAAGAAGAAGACGAUGGGGACUAUGAAAAUGGUGAUAGCUCUGGGGAUGGACAUGAGGAACAGACUGGUGACAAUGAUGGUAACGUCAUUACAAUCAUUGAAAUCUCCUGA